AAGAAUAAAAAAAAGGACGUGCACGCCUAUAUCGUACGUAAUAUUUCCUCCCGAUUUGCAGGGACCCCAGGGAAGAAAUUUGGAGCAAGGAGCAAAUGCGCCAGCGCGAAUGAUAUGGCUUCCCUGACAAGAAGUGUUGCAUCUUUGUCUGGCCUCCUCGUCCUCCUCAUCUUCUUCACCAUCUACAUCUCCACCGCCGACCUUGGCUCUCGGCACUUCUCCCUCCCCCUCCUCCCAAUCCACUCCUCCAUUCUCUGCGCCUCAGCGCCCUGCGAUGCCACCGCGGCCUUAGGCGGCACCUAUGAACGCCGAAUGCCUCCACUCCACGUCUACAUGUACGAUCUUCCCCGCCGAUUCAAUUUCGCCAUGAUGGAUCACCGACCUGACACGGAUCCCCCACCCGCUACAGGCAAGGAUAUCCCUCCGUGGCCGCCCAGCGCGGGGAUCAAAAAGCAGCACAGCGUGGAGUAUUGGAUGACCGCGUCUCUGCUCAUUGGCGAUGAUAAGUCUGCCGCGGAGGAGAGUGAGGUGGUUAGGGUUCGCGAUGGGGAGGUGGCGGACGUGUUCUUCGUCCCUUUUUUCUCCUCACUUAGCUUUAAUUCUCACGGGCGCAACAUGACCGAUCCAGACACCGAGAUCGAUCGGAAGCUCCAGGCUGACUUGCUUGACAUUCUGGGUAAGUCGCAGUACUGGCAGCGGUCGGCUGGUCGAGAUCAUGUUUUCCCCAUGCAACACCCAAAUGCAUUUAGAUUUCUCCGUGAUCAAUUAAACGCAUCCAUUCUUGUGGUUGCUGAUUUUGGGCGGUAUCCAAAAAGUUUGUCCAGCCUAAGCAAAGAUGUUGUGGCUCCAUAUGUUCAUGUUGUAGAAUCGUAUGUGGAUGAUGAUUCUUCUGAUCCUUUUGAAUUACGUCCCACACUUCUGUUCUUCCGGGGUAGAACUGUAAGGAAAGAUGAAGGAGUUGUACGCCAAAAGCUGGCCAAGGUUUUAGCGGGGUACGGUGAUGUGCAUUAUGAAGAUAGCUUUGCUACUGGAGAGGGCAUUAAAGCUUCCACGCUCGGCAUGCGGUCAUCGAAGUUUUGUUUGCACCCUGCAGGCGACACACCCUCCUCAUGCCGUUUGUUUGAUGCUAUUGUCAGUCAUUGUGUGCCUGUGAUUAUCAGUGACCACAUUGAACUUCCCUUUGAGACUGACCUUGACUACACAGAAUUCUCCUUUUUCUUCUCAGUCGAUGAGGCUCUACAGCCUGGUUACUUGGUUUCCCAGCUUAGAGCAGUGUCCAAGGAUAGAUGGCUUGAGUUGUGGAAGAAGUUAAAGCUUGUUUCCCACCACUAUGAAUUUCAUUAUCCUCCGAAGAGAGAUGAUGCUGUUAACAUGCUGUGGCGGCAGGUACGUCAAAAACUCCCUACAGCCAAACUUGCUGAGCAUCGGAGUCGACGACUGAAGAUACCAGACUGGUGGAAGUGAUGGUGGAUAGUGCUGAUAAUUUUGAUUUUCUAUGUUGGUGAUAAUGAGCAUGAUGACAAUGUUUGCGUUACAAUCUUAUUCUUAGGUCUCACAGAGUUUUUGAUGGUUUAGAUUUGUUGUGUACAUAGUGGUUGCAAGACCUUUUCUGCUGCUACCAUCAUUGAGUGAAUUUGUGACAACAUGAGAUUGUUUCGAGCAGAGUAUUUAUCCCCAAUUGUAACUUUACAAUUUUUGAACAUUUUUUUUCUUCAUAGUAAAGCUUUGAUCUUAGCUA